UUCCCUGUCACGCUUCUCGCAGCAUCCGUCUAAUGAUGAGUUCUCCGUGCUGUUUUAUCGCCAGCACCAAGUUAAUAAUCCACAGAUUAUGCAGACAUGUCCAGCACAGAAGACUUCCACAUGUUUACAGUAUCGCUCAUUUCUGCAGAGAGCGUUCUCAGAGCCCGAAAGCAUAUUACAUCACAACUCCCAUCUUCUACGUCAAUGCGCCUCCUCACAUUGGUCAUGUGUAUUCUGCUGUCACUGCUGACUGUCUGCACAGAUACAAGCUCUUGCAGGGAUACAACUCCAGGUUUGCUACAGGUACAGAUGAACAUGGUCUUAAAAUCCAACAGGCUGCUGGCAGUGCUGGUAAAGAUCCUCUAAACUUCUGCACGGAGGUCUCUGAAAGUUUUAAGCAUGUUUUCCAGAGAUGUGGCAUCUCAUACACCGACUACAUCCGGACAACAGAGAAAAGACACAGACAGACAGUUGAGCACUUCUGGAUGAUUCUCCAAAGCAAAGGCUACAUCUACAAGGGCACAUAUGAAGGCUGGUACUCAACUCCAGAUGAAAGUUUCCUCACAGAAACUCAAGUCACUGACAGCACAGACUCAGAGGGGAGACGGAUCAAAGUGUCCACCGAGAGCGGGCACAAGGUGGAGUGGAUGAAUGAGGACAACUACAUGUUCCGUCUUUCAGAUUUUCGCACUCAAUUGCUUCACUGGCUCAGAUCAAACCCAAACACCAUCGAGCCUGUGAAGUUCCACCACCUGGUUCUUCAGUGGCUGGAAGACGACGACAUCCCAGAUCUGUCAGUAUCCCGGCAGAAAAGCCGCCUCCAGUGGGGCAUUCCAGUCCCUGGAGAUCCUGAACAAACGAUCUACGUGUGGUUGGACGCUCUGGUGAACUACUUGACGGUUGUUGGCUACCCACAGAAUCACUCCAAAUGGUGGUCAGUUGUCCAUCAUGUUGUUGGUAAGGAUAUUCUGAAGUUUCAUGCAAUAUACUGGCCGGCGUUUCUAUUGGCUGCUGGAUUAGCUCUUCCACAGAAGAUUUAUGUGCACUCUCACUGGACGGUGGAAGGAAAGAAAAUGUCCAAGAGUGUUGGAAACGUAAUCAACCCUCUGGAAUCCAUUGAGAAGUUCACUGUAAACGGUCUGCGCUACUUCCUACUAAGACAAGGAGUUCCUGAUUCAGAUUGUGACUAUUAUGACGAUAAAGUCAUGAAGAUGUGCAACAGCGAGUUGGCGGAUGCUCUCGGUGGGCUUUUAAACCGGUGCGCUGCGCCCUCGCUCAACCCCACACAGGUUUAUCCUUGGUUCUCCAACAGCUGUUUUCCAGCUGAAGGGCUCGGUGGAAAAGCGGUGUCAGAAGACUACAGAAUGAUAGAGGCUGUAUCUGCACUUCCAGGCUUAAUAGAGCAGCACUUUGAGAAUCUGCACGUGUAUAAAGCUCUGGAGGCCAUUAGUGCCUGCGUGCGGCUGACUAAUGGGUUUGUUCAAAGACAUGCACCGUGGAGGCUUGACCGGAAAAAUCCCAAAGAGCAGCAGUGGCUUGACACUAUCCUUCACGUAUCCUUGGAGUGCCUUAGGAUUUAUGGGAUUCUCCUGCAACCUGUGGUGCCCGAUCUUGCAGACAAAAUUUUAUCUAGGUUGGGAGUCACACCUGAGGAGAGAAGCUGGAAUUCUCUAAACUUCCUGAUGAAAUUUCAAGGAAGAGAGUGUGCUUUAGAAGGAAGAGCGCUGGGUCCGGACUUGGGAGUGCUGUUUAGUCGGCUUGAGAGGAGCCAAAUGAAAGGGAAGACUACCAAAAUGGGAACACAACCCAAGUCAAAAUCUUAAUACACUUGAGUUAUUAUUUAUGAUAGUAAUAAAAUAUAAGUGGUAAACGAUGCUGUUGGGGUACUAUGGGUGGAA